AUGCAGACUCGAAGCCGCACCAAAGCUAGAGAGAGUCCUGAACCGGCAGCAGCAUCUUCAACCGAAAACAGAAGAGAAAACUCGCCUAACUCGAGUGCAUCUUCUCCAAUGCUAGGCGCUACCCCUCCUAGGACGCUGUCCUCUGACCCCGUGUCGCCUAUUACUAGUCCGGAUCAAAUACCAGAGGAGUAUAAUGAACCAAAUGAAUACUAUUAUGGAGGACGCGUCAUACGGCCCGAACUCGAGCGUAUGGCAGGUCGUAUGGACUUUCCUCCCGGCAUACCGUUAUCGAACCCAACAUUGAAGCCGUCAUCGAAAUCAUCACCGGAAUCACCAAAGAAACUCUCACAGAAACCUUCACAGGAGUCCUCACAAAAACCAUCACAGAAUUCGUAUGCCUCAAAGUAUAAGGAGUAUCAGGAGAAAGAAAUUCGGUACCGGGUUGACAAUGACUUCUUCAAGACGGUCUUGCGAGAAGAGACAAGUAAGAAUGGGGAGAACGCAAAAGAAGCAGCGGCGAGAAAAUCGGAUGUUGACUGGGACAAACUCUUAGAGUUACCAAGAUCAACCCCGGAACAAGAACCACCUACUGAAUAUUCUCGGGGACAAGAUAUUAGUCCGGGACAAUACUUGUUUAGUGGAAUUCCCCUGCCAGAUUUCACUGACUCGGAAGAAGACCCGUCUACUGGAGAUAUUCGGGAAGAUUCCACUACCCCAGAACAAGAUCCGUAUAUUGAACGUACCCAGGAAAAAUCCACUCCCAAUCAGAAAUAA